UCCAAAUUAAAUGAAAGAAGAAUUUUCACUAGAUUUCCAUGAAGCUCAGCUAUUGCCUGUUAAUUUUGACUGUUAGUGCUGGUCUUUCAGUUGGAUUCACAGUGGAAAAUGUAGCUUUUAACAGGACAGUUGCUUUCAGGUCUUUCAAUGCAUCACUUCAUGCAGUGUCUCAAGCUUUAAUAAGUUCUCCAGCACACCAUGAUAUCAUAGCCAAAGAGGGGAGCAGUAUUUUAAUUGAAUGUAAACUGAACAUCAGCCAGUAUGAACAUAUCCUUUGGUAUAACUCCAGAGGACACCUGCUUGAACAGAAAGAUGAAGAUGACCGGUGGAGGAUUGCUGAUAAUUCCCUCAACAUCACAAAGGUCAGCUUUGCUGACCGGGGCCGGUACACGUGUGCAGGCAUUAAUCAUAACGAGACCUUGUACUACACAGUCACCCUGAGGGUUAUCUUCACCUCAGGGGACAUGAGCAUCUACUACAUGAUUGUGUGCCUCGUUGCCUUUGCCAUCACCCUCAUUUUGAACAUCACCCGCCUGUGCAUGAUGAGCAGCCACCUCCGCAAAACAGAGAAGGCCAUCAACGAGUUCUUCCGGACGGAAGGGGCCGAGAAGCUGCAGAAGGCUUUCGAGAUCGCCAAGCGCAUCCCCAUCAUCACAUCUGCCAAAACGCUCGAGCUGGCCAAAGUCACUCAGUUUAAGACCAUGGAGUUUGCUCGGUACAUCGAAGAGCUCGCCAGGAGCAUUCCCCUCCCGCCUCUGAUCCUUAACUGCAGGGCGUUCAUGGAGGAGAUCUUCGAGGCCGUGCGGGUGGAGGACCCCGACGAGGCGGGCAAGGAGGAGAAGCAGCCCCCGGGCUGCGGGGCGCAGGCCGCGCUGUUCCCCGGCAGCGCGCAGGUGAAGCGCAGCGAGUCCCCGGCCGGCGACUCGGAUGACGGCUCCCUGAGCGAGCAGGGCCAGGAGAUCGCCGUGCAGGUGUCCAUCCACCCCCAGGCCCAAGGGCAGAGCAUCGACACCGUGUCCCACGGCAGCUGCCACUCUGUGCCUGCUGAGGAAGGCACCUGCUGAUCCACAGAGCGGUGAAGGAAGCUCGAGGGAUCCAAGGGCACUGUGAGAAAAGGGUCUGCAAACAAGCUGCCUCAUCCCAUAUGCACAAGUGUUUUCCAAAUUACAAGGUGCCAGAUGUAGUUUGAAGCGUAUAUUUUCUGUCUGUGUUGAUUUAACAAUUCCAGUCUGCUAGAAAAGGCCAUUUGGAAUAUUGUGCGGGGGCUUUUCUUUCUAAAGCAGGCUUGCUAUAUUUAAAAUAGUUACAAAACAGGAAUUCUUUGUCCUUGGCUCCUUGGUAGCUUUUGAUACUUCAGAUCUGUGUGAGAAGUGACCAAGCUGAGCAGUACAACUUGCAAUAAGAACUUUUCCUUUGUGAGCUCCUUCUUUCUUCACGAAGUUGAGCUGAAAUUCCUUUGAGUCAGUGUUGUUAUCCUGAUGAAUUGAGUUCUGUGCUCUUUUUGAGUUGCCUCUUGGUGCGUGUAGCCCAUCAGAACCACAGUGAGCUUGAACAAAUCUGUUUUGUGUCACAUGCUUGUGUUGCUAUCAAAAUGUACUGUACUUAGGAAAAAAUAGUGCCAGGAUCUGCUGCUGGAUUAAAUGAAUUGUUGUAGUUUCAAAGCAGCUUAGAGAACAACCAGGAGGUCUCAAGUUUUCUGUGCAUCUGCAGGAAACUUGUGGAUAUUUUAAAAGCUUCUUGCUUAAACUUGGUGCUGAUUGCCAAAGCGCCUUACCCUGGUCCUGUCCCACAGAAUGGAGCAGUGACAGCUCUCCUGGCACUGCCUGGCUUUUCAUUAUGCUGAUUUCACUCACUAUAGAAAAUCCAAAGUUUUAUAUUGUAUUUGCCGUCGUGGUGAGAAAAGGAUGACAGUAAUCACAUCGUGGUAAAACUCAGAAAUUAAUUCAUCAUCUACAGACAGGUGUCUGAGGCACAUCUUCCUGAACAGCAUUACAAUAAAGCAGGUGAAAAGUAGUGACACUGAGUUGCUCUGCUCUGGCUGGUCCUGUCAGAAGGUAGUGGCAGAGAGCAGGGGUCUGGCUGAGCUGUUUGCCAGCCACUGCUUGCAGGAGGGGAGUGACUGACUGCUAGAGCCCAGCCUCGUGUGCUGAGAGGUGGCAGAAGGGAGAGCUGCAGCUGCUGACAUGUGCACAAGUACUCCACCAAGGAUCUCCCACCUGGCUUCCUCAGGUGGAGAUCCAGCCUCCAGGAAUCAGAGUGCAGACAAGAAUCUAGUUUCUUCUUCCACUCUUUGGUGCUGUUUUUUUUUUUCUCCUUAACAUUUGUAUCACUUAAAUAGCAUUUUAUAUCCUGUUGAGAUUUAGUAGAUGUAAAGCUUGUAAGCACUCCACAUAUUAAUUUCUUACAACUACUGGAAGCAUAUUGCCAUAUAAUUUUAACAGCUUGGCAACAGGAGUGCUAUUUAAUUUCACACAACUCUUUUUUCUUUCCUUAUUAUUACAGAAAUGUCACUUGAACAAGUGAUUCUGGAGGACUGCUCAGGAUUCUUAAGAGGAUUUGACAUUACAUUUACAUGAGUAGAGGUGGAAAACAAGCAGGCACAGUGGUAAUAGCAGGGUGGGGCUGUCUGUGGUAAUACAUGCUCAGAAAGAAGGGGCUGAAUGAAUUACAGUUACCAUAUCAGAGACAGGGAAAUGACAGCAUCUAUAACCAUUUUAAACUACCUUCUGGGGAAAUUCCUGCAGUCAGCCACCAGUUAAAUCACCCUAGUUGCCUUUGGCCUGUCAGUAAGAGUGGUGUUAGUCAGGAAGGAAAUUGCUAGCCUUUAUUACAGUAACAUUCCCACCAGCUUGGUGCCAUUUCCAAGACUGUAGCAAACUGUCUUUUCCAGGGGAAUAAACCUUCUGUACGUACUUCAAGUAGCUGCCUCAACAGUGACUUCUUUUUUUGCUUCCAUAGUUUGAUGGCACUUUAUGUCCAGGUGAAGAUUUUGUAUAGUUUUGUGUAACCUGUCUGGUUUCUUUUAAGUUUUUUGAGAUUAUCAGUGUUAAAAGAUACUCUGAGGAUAAAUACCUAUUUCUCAUAGAAGGAAGCUGCUGGCUUCACUUCUGUGCUACAGUGGGUUCUGCAGAUUUGUUGCACAUGUGUGAGGGGAGAUUUGAGAGUUUGCAACCCACGGUUGAAAGAGGUGAAGGCUACAAGAGAAAAUGAUCUGUUCAAACUCCUUUGUGCCACAGGCCAUCAGAAUGUAGCUGCACCUGCCUUAUUUCCCUCUAAACAGCUCUCCUUGCUUCUCUGGAACUGUUGCAUGAUAUGCAACAUAUGGAUGUGUUACCCCUAAAUCCACACACACAGAGAUGCCACUACAAAAUCUAAACUAUUUAAUUGCUUCCUAAGAAGCAGUUAUGAUUGACAGAUGUCACAUCAGAAGUGGCAGCUUACAGGCAGCAGAAUGACACUGGAGGUGUGUAAGAUGAGUGCCAGGAGAGCUGUUUUGAGACUGAUUUGAUCUCUUUUUUGAUUUUUAUACUUUAUUUACAUAGCUGCAAGUUCUUACUGAGCAGUUACCUGGUGUCUUCAUACAUCCUAUUGCUGGUUGAGAGGAAAGAGUGACCAUGCAUAAAGGUCCUCAGAAAUGCAAUUGCAGUGUCAAUUGCUGGAUAACAAAGCUGAGAUUUUUCCUGAAUUACUACAGUAUUUUGUUCCUUCCAUGAAUUUCAUUCCUGAGAAGGAGGAUGUUCUGUAAGGAUUUUAGUAUAUCAGGGGUACCUUCUGAAUGGAGGAACUGAUCCUACUCCCACUGAAUUCAAUUAGAGAGGAUUUGGAGCUCUGUGCAUUUUACAGGAUUUUUAUGCAUCUGAAAGCAAGGACGAAGGUGAUGUUAAAUGGUAAAAGGGAUUUCCAGAGACUGAAAUUUGACACCAGUUUCCAAACAACUUGUGAACUAUUCUUGUUACCCUGAGAGUAGAUGAGUGCACUUAAUGUCUUCGAUGAAUCUAAUUGAACAUUAACAUUGAAAGUGUUUCUCUCUUAACUUUUUGUAGGAUGAGGAGAAUCUACAGUGGUUUCCUUGCUUUAAACUAAAGUCUCUGACAAUCAGAAGGCUAUUCUAUCUCUUCUUUGUGACUUAUUUUAAAAAAUAUGAAAUCUACUUGUUAUCCAAGAGUACCUAAAACUAACUUUGUAGUGAUUAUUUGUAUUACCUGGAUUGUAAUGUAACUGUCUAAUGUAACCACGUAGGAUUUCAUACUUUCAUAAAAUGAACUGGUAGAUUUGCAAAAUAAACUGAAAAGAAAAACCUU